AUGAAAAUGAUGCCGCCACAUUCUUUCAAAAUCGUUGCCGUUGAAAGCGAACUUUACGAAUGGGACAAGCCACCGAUUUGGAACGGGAUGCAUGUCUACGAUAAAGGUAGACUCCAUCUGAUCUGUUCCGUCCCAACCUUGAUCGGGCGCGGAUGUAACGGAUACCGCUUAUGUCUCUCGGUUAGCCGAGAACUACAAAUCUACGGACCUGGCGGCUAUCAUACGCAGGUUUUGGCAGCGAUAAACCAAGCGUGCUGGGAUAUCCACGGAAAGAUAGAAGGAAAAUCCGUUCACGCUCUACUUGGUGGCACACAAGAACGCAUCCGCACAUACAUUGCGGGUGGCUAUUACGGUAGAGGUAAGGGGUUUGAUGAACUUCGCGAAGAGAUGGCGCGCAACAUAAACGAAUUCAAUGCCACCGCAGUCAAGAUGAAGAUUGGAGAUCCAGAUGCCGGACUUGAAACAGAUACCAAACGGAUUGAGGCAGUCCGCGAAACUGUCGGGCCCGAUACAACCCUAAUGGUGGACGCGAAUUGUGCAUGGUCGGUCGAAAAGGCGUGCGAAUGCCUCCGGUACUGCAGGCAAACGACAUCUUCUGGUUUGAAGAGCCGAUCCACAGCCACGAUUACAGAGGACACAAAGCACUGCGCGAAAUCGCACAAGAUAUGGAAUACAAAUUGCCACUGGGGAAAACGGAUACGGUUUACACUAUUCCAAACGCUCAUUGAUGUGUGA